AACAGGCCAGUGUGAUUCCUGGUGAUGCAGCGGGGAGCAAGAUCGUGUUUCCUGACCUAACUCGGCAGGACAAUGCCCUCUGGACUGAUGAGCAGGAUUUCAGACACCCUCAGACCUUGAAGACACAAAGUCAGCAUCCUAGCUAGGCUGGACCUGGCCAGGGCCUGGAACAAGUGACACAGGUGUGCCCGAACUGCUCUCUCCAGCGGAGAUGCACCAGGAACGAGGGAGAUACACAAGGCCACGCCAUCUCUGGCAAGCCUCCAUUUCCUCAUCUCAAAAAUGGGCAUAAUGAAACCCACCUGCUUGGAAGACUUGACAGUGCCUGACGCAUAGAAGGUCGCUGCCUGUUCGUCAUCCUGCUCAUGGCGGUGUACUGGUGCACAGAGGCCCUGCCCCUCUCGGUGACGGCCUUGCUGCCCAUCAUCCUCUUCCCCUUCUUGGGCAUCCUGCCCUCCAACAAGGUCUGCGCCCAGUACUUCCUGGACACCAACUUCCUCUUCCUCAGCGGUCUGAUCAUGGCCAGCGCCAUCGAGGAGUGGAACCUGCACCGGAGAAUUGCCCUCAAGGUCCUGAUGCUCACUGGGGUCCAGCCGGCCAGGCUCAUCCUAGGGAUGAUGGUGACCACCUCCUUUCUGUCCAUGUGGCUGAGCAACACGGCCUCCACUGCCAUGAUGCUGCCCAUCGCCAGCGCCAUCCUGAAGAGUCUCUUUGGCCAGGAGGUUCGUAAAGACCUCAGCUGGGAGAGUGAAGAGAAAGCAGCUGCUGUGCGGAAAAACGGCCUGCAUACUGUGCCCACGGAGAUGCAAUUUAUUGCCGGCACAGAAGACAAAGACUGUCCUGAGGAGGCGGAGGCUCCAACGGAUCUCCAGGCUAACUCCAAGAAGGAGGAGGAAUAUCGCAGGAACAUCUGGAAGGGCUUCCUCAUCUCCAUCCCCUACUCGGCCAGCAUCGGGGGCACCGCCACCCUCACGGGCACGGCCCCCAACCUCAUCCUGCUUGGCCAGCUCAAGAGUUUCUUCCCACAGUGCGACGUGGUGAAUUUCGGCUCCUGGUUCAUCUUCGCCUUCCCUCUCAUGCUGAUGUUCCUGUUGGUGGGCUGGCUCUGGAUCUCCUUCCUGUAUGGAGGGAUAACCCUGAGGGGCUGGAGGAAGAAGAAAUCUGAGAUCAGAAGUGAUGCAGAAAAUAGGGCUCGAGCCAUGAUUCAGGAGGAAUUCCAGAACCUGGGGCCCAUCAAGUUUGCCGAACAGGCCGUGUUCAUCCUUUUCUGCAUAUUCGCCAUCCUCCUCUUCUCCCGGGACCCGAAGUUCAUCCCUGGCUGGGCCAGCCUCUUCACCCCUGGGUUUAUUUCUGAUGCUGUCACUGGCGUGUCCAUUGUCACCAUCUUGUUCUUCUUCCCGUCCCAAAAGCCAUCUCUCAAGUGGUGGUUUGACUUUAAAGCUCCCAACACAGAGACAGAGCCCUUGCUGACGUGGAAGAAGGCUCAGGACACGGUGCCCUGGAACAUCAUCCUUCUCCUGGGAGGGGGCUUCGCCAUGGCCAAAGGCUGUGAGGAGUCGGGGCUGUCCGCGUGGAUUGGCGGGCAGCUGCACCCCCUGGAGAAGGUGCCACCCGUGCUGGCCGUGCUGCUCAUCACUGUGGUUGUCGCCUUCUUCACGGAGUUUGCCAGCAACACGGCCACUAUCAUCAUCUUUCUGCCUGUCCUGGCGGAGCUGGCCAUCCGUCUGAGGGUGCACCCCCUCUACUUGAUGAUCCCCGGCACAGUCGGCUGCUCCUAUGCCUUCAUGCUCCCAGUCUCGACACCCCCCAACUCAAUCGCCUUCGCCUCUGGACACUUGCUGGUCAAAGACAUGGCGCGGACAGGACUCCUGAUGAACGUGAUGGGCGUCCUGCUGCUCAGCUUGGCCAUGAAUACUUGGGCACAGACCAUCUUCCAGCUGGGCACCUUCCCGGACUGGGCCAACAUCCACCUAACCAAUGUCACAGCACUGCCAUCCACCUUGGCCAAUGACACAUUUCAGACCCUCUGAGUCCCCCUCAGGUACUCUCUUUGGGCUGGGCCCUCCCAGAAGGUCUUGCCAUCAUCUGCUGCCAGGACCCUACAGGAUGAUCAAGCAAUUCUUCUCUGUGAUCCAGUACGCAGCAAGCAAGGGUGACUUCCAGUGGUCCACUUGGGUCCAUAGUCUCGUUGUCUAGGAUACCUUCUCCUCUGUCAUGCAGUUCAGGGUGCAGCUACCUCCCAGAUCUGCUGCCUGAGCAACAAGCUCCUUUAUCUCUGAGCUGUUCUGUGGUUAGGACGCAAGAAAGCCCAAUUUCAGCAACAAUAAGCAAAUCUGGAAUGGCGUUUGUCUUGAAUAGGUAGGGUGGGAAGCACAGCUAGCAUCCCUCACUGACUACACGAGUUACCAUCUGGAGAGACCAUCUUGCCUUUAGGGAUCACCUUCCUUCAAGAGACUUUGGGGCUGCUGUGUCCCAGUCCAGCUGUUCCAGCUGUUCACAGCUGGUGUGUGCUCUGCUUGGUGGGGGCCAAUUCUCUGCCAGUUAUUCGAAUAUCACCCCUGCCGAUACCCAGCAGCCAGGGGUAUUUUCAAUCCCUGGAGACAGGGGAGGGACAGAUGACAUCCUGAGGACAUGGAGAUCGUGCAAAGCCUCCUUGCUGCUUCUCCGGGCUCCCGAGCACACAAGGGGAGUUCUAGACCUUUCUACCCAAGCUUAUUAGGAUUUUCCUGUUCAGUCUGAUUCAGUGUGGCCACAGUUCCAGGGUCAGGCUAAGUCUGGGCCAUGCCCUCUCACAGGUGACCCAUGGCCCCUCCAGCCAGGCCCCUCCCGCACGUGGCCCGCAGGGGCCUUCGUGGCUGCAGGCUUCUUCUCGUUCCAGGAGCUGGUCUUUACCUCCCCACCCCGACCCGAAGCGGUAAACAUGUUUGAUUAGCAAAGGCCACAUUUUUCAGCGGUGAGAGAAAAGUCAAAAGAUAAAUUGGGGCCUUGUAAAAGGUCAAAUGUCUCAGGCAGGGAAACACCAUAAUCCUCUUCUACAGACGAGGACAACUUAAGACUUCCCCUGAGCCAGUGGCUGGUGGGGCCUGUCCUAGAGGAUCUGACCCCUCCUUGCUUCAAGUAGGAACAUCUCGGCAUCCCCAGUGAAUAGCACAGUUUGGACCCAGCGGCCGCUCAGGAAGUAUCUGUGGAAUCAGUAGCCAGGCAUUAGCCCAGCAUCAGAAAAGGCACCGGCUGAGGGGCCCAGAAAGCUCACAUCCCUGACUUCCUACGCCUCUGAGGGAUGAGGUUCCCCAAGCAGCUCGGGCUGGGAAGCAGCACCCAGGGACUGAACUUGUUCUUGAAACAGCACAAGUGAGUCAUGGAUGUUCCCCUGGGAGCAGUGGGGAGGAGGGAGAAUGGGCUCCCUGCCCUUCCCGUGGGGUUACUUCAAGAUUUAGUCACAGUUACAGCCCCUUGGGGUGGGGCGUGCACUCCUAUUGGAUGGGGCUGUGGAGAAAUUCAUUCACAGAGAAACCCAAGGGGCUUAUAACCAGAUGAAUCGUGAUUUCAAAUACUUCUGAUUGAAAAUUCUAUAAAAUAAAGAAUGUUAAUCAAC